AUGAACCAUCUAAUCCUUCAUUCAUUAUUCCAUUUUCUUUUACAAAUCUUCAUUGUUCAAUGUCGUCCAGUCUUAGAAUCAAGUCUUUCUUCAAGUACUAGAGUACCUAAAGUAGCACAUUUGGAAGCCACUGGUCCAGAGAACUGGUAUCCAGAGACUGUUGAGCGAGUCGUACAAGGACGAGGUUCGAAUAUUCCUCGAACAGAGGAAAUGCAAGAACGUUAUACCCAAUACUUUUCAAAUGUACAAAAAAAUCAUAAAACACCUGAAGAAAACAUUUAUAAACAAAUGGAAUGGAACCCUAAACUUCGAAACCAAGAAAACCUACCAAGUUUUCUAAAUCCUCAAUGUCAUCAAAGAUCAGAUCUAGUGAAGAUUUUAAAGAAUGAUUUCCCAUGGGAUUUACCAAAGGAAGUUGAACAUUUUGUAGUUUGGAUGCGAAUUCCAUUAGUCAACAAAUCAUCAUUCCAAAAGCACGGUAAAGAAAGAUUUCCAUCGAUAAAAUACUUUAACCAAGACCGAAUCAAAGGAUUACUAGAAUACAUAGACAAUCAUCCAUUCUUUGGUUACAGUGGGAUCCAUGAUGAGAAUCUAAUCAAACCUUUAAAUCCUGCAAAAGAAUUACAUCCGAAUGGAAAUCCUUAUAAGACUUUUAAUAAUCAAUUCAUCACUCAGACUGAGGGAUGGCAAGCUAUUCAAUGGGCUGGUAGACAUGUUAAUGCUUAUCUUCAAAAAACUUUUCCUCAAAAUCAAUAUGAGUUUGUUUGGAAUAGAAGCACUAAAAAAGUUAGAUCUUUUGUGGAUCCAGAGCACAUUCAUGUUCUGGUCAAGUCCAAAAACAUAGAUUGA